CAUUAAACAGUAAAACAGUUACCAUGCGGCCAGAUCGUGUAUGGAUGCACAAAGACACAUGGGCUGACAGACAUUUUAGAACUGCUUCUGUAUAACCAAAUAUUUCAUUCUUAUUCCUGAAUUUGUAUCAACAACGUUGUGAUUGGGAAAUAGUCCAAUGUCAAAAAUGAAUAGAGAGCCCCCUAAAAAUGUGUACAGCAAUAACAGACUUAGGAAAAUUGCACCUGCUGCAGAUCAUAGCACUACAAGUCGAUCGUCUCAUCAUCAGCAUACUUCUGCUCCCGACAACAGCGGUGUGAGGAUCAGCAACAAACCUCGGGAAACAAAAGUUGACAGAUCUCUACAUUUCAACAAAACCCAAUCAAAAUAUCAAAAACAUUUUGAGCCCAAUUCACCAACUAAAACUUUGGGUGAGUUAAAGGCUCCCAAAAGGGUAAAUGAAGGUCCUGUUAUGAGGCAGUCUCUACUCGACUUGAAACAUCCAUCUCGUCCAGGAGAUUUGGGUAUUCCACUUGCACACAGUUAUGUCCAAAGAAAGGUUUCCAAUAAUACACAAUCCCAUCAUCAACCAACUGACAAAAAGCCAAGGAAAAAUUUUGACUAUUUAGAACAACAAAGUUCUUCCUUUGGGGUGAAACGUGGUCGACUGCAUUCAGAUAAUCCCUCCGUUUGGAGUCCGUUUCAAGGUAAAUAA